AUGAACCUGACCGGACUUCUUCCACAUAGAAGCUUUCCUUCCCACAACCACUCAGUCUUCUCCGGGACAAGGGGAACCUAACUAAAUAGUCUGGAUAGACUUUUUCCCCAUACACACCACGAAACUGUGCCAUAAAGCGACGCGGAAGAGGGAAAGAUCGCAACGCUUGGCUUUUGAGGUGAACUAAGAGCAGUCUCCUCCUUUCAAAGGGAGCUGGACUUUUCUACAAGAGAAAAACGUGACCGUGAAAAGACUUUAUAUUUUUGUAGUCCGAAACGUGACAAGGCGCUUUGAGGCGGCUGGCUCGUGUGAGUAGGAAGUGUGUCCAUCAUUUUUUAAAAGAAGAGGAAGACCAGCAAUAACAAAAGACUUAUCGUCACCGUCAUGGAUUCUGGAAAGCAAAUCACCUUCCCGUUGAUGAUGUGUGUGGGGGCUGCCGUGAUUGGCUCCCUGCAGUUUGGAUACAACACGGGCGUCAUCAAUGCGCCUCAAAAGAUCAUUGAGCAAUUCAUCAAUGACACGUGGGUGAAGCGCUACAACGAGCCCAUCUCAGACAGCUCACUCAAAGCCAUCUGGUCCAUCGCCGUCUCCAUCUUCUCUGUGGGCGGCAUCUUUGGCUCCUUCUCGGUCGGCUUCUUCGUCAACCGCUUUGGAAGGAGAAACGCCAUGCUCAUGGCCAACGUCCUGGCCCUGAUCUCGGCCGCUUUGAUGGGCUUCUCCAAACUGGCAUCCUCCUUUGAAAUGCUAAUCAUAGGUCGCUUCGUGGUAGGCUUCUACUCAGGCCUCUCCACUGGCUUCGUGCCCAUGUAUGUGGGCGAGGUGUCCCCGACGUCUCUGCGAGGAGCUCUGGGAACCCUCCACCAGCUGGGCAUCGUUGUGGGCAUCCUCAUAGCGCAGGUGUUUGGAAUGGAGGCCAUUAUGGGCAACACAAACUUGUGGCCGCUCCUCUUGGGCUUCAUCUUCAUCCCCUCGGUGAUGCAGUGCAUUCUGCUACCUCUCUGCCCCGAGAGCCCCCGCUUCCUGCUCAUCAACAAAAAUGAAGAAAACAAAGCCAAGACUGUGCUGAAGAAGCUCAGGGGGACCAAUGAUGUGAGCGCCGACAUGCAGGAGAUGAAGGAGGAGAGCCGUCAGAUGAUGAGGGAGAAGAAGGUGACCAUCCCGGAGCUUUUCCGCUCGCCGAUCUACCGCCAGCCCCUCCUGGUUGCUGUCGUGCUACAGCUCUCCCAACAGCUGUCGGGCAUCAAUGCCGUCUUCUACUACUCCACUAGCAUCUUUGAGAAGGCCGGAGUCGAGCAGCCAGUCUACGCCACGAUCGGAGCUGGUGUUGUUAACACAGCUUUCACUGUGGUGUCACUCUUUGUGGUGGAGCGCGCAGGACGCAGGUCCCUCCAUCUGUUGGGACUGCUGGGAAUGGCCGGUUCUGCCAUCCUCAUGACUAUUGCAUUGGCUCUGCUUGACCAGCUCAAAUGGAUGUCCUACCUGAGCAUCGUGGCCAUUUUUGCCUUUGUGGCCUUCUUUGAGAUCGGGCCGGGUCCCAUUCCCUGGUUCAUUGUAGCUGAGUUGUUCUCCCAGGGACCGAGGCCUUCAGCCAUCGCUGUGGCCGGUUUCUCCAACUGGACUGCCAACUUCAUCGUGGGGAUGGGCUUCCAGUAUAUAGAGGCUGCGUGCGGCGCUUACGUCUUCGUCAUCUUCAUCGUCCUGCUGCUGUUUUUCUUCAUCUUCACCUACUUUAAGGUCCCGGAGACCAAGGGCCGGACUUUUGAUGAGAUUGCUUCCGGCUUCCGCCAGAGCGCCGUGACAGGCGGCGAGAAGCACUCGCCCGAGGAGCUCAACAGCCUGGGGGCUGACUCUCAGCUCUGAGGAGUCCGCUGUCAAACAAACUGUUUUUGUCACAGUGAGGAGGGAACCGGGUGGAGGGGGGGAGUCUACUCACUAGAAGUAGACUGGUCCCAGAGGGGGUCUACUUUCUUGAAGUAGACCGGUCCCAUAAGGAGUCUUACUUUCUAGAGUAGACUGUUCCACGACGUAGAAAAAUUUUCACACUGUCACGACAUUUCGGUAGCGUUUACCGUGUGUGAUCCUCCCAACUUCUUCUGCUGACCCCCCACCUUUUCCCAUCUCACCUCGCAUGUCACAUAAAAACACUUGACGGGCACCGUGUGGCCUAGGAGAUGUGAAAAGACGAGUCGGAAGGUUUUUUUUUUCAAAGAUAUUUUUAAAUAUUUGUAAGAAAAAGGAGUGCCAGUACACUGAUGUACCACCUUUUUUAUACACCUACUUUUUCACGGAGUACAAUUUUUAGAAAUUGUACUGCAAUGCUCUUAACACUGUAGACUCUCACACUGUAGCUGCUGCACGGCCUCUUCCCUCCGCCAGAUGGCGCACUUUCCCUUGAAAUACUCCAAAUAAGUUACUGACAACGACUGUUCACACUUAAGUGGGCUUCUCUUAAUGAGAUAUAUUUAUGUUUCUUGUUGACGUUACAUGGACUAUAUUUUACAUUUUUUAUUUGACAUGAAGUGUAUAGUGUGACAACGUUCAUACCAACGAGUAUUAGGGCCACACAAAAUCAAAUAUGUCAAGUCAUAGAAUUAGGAGGAAAAAAAACAUCGAAAUUUGACAAAAAUAAAAUUGUCAUUUCAAGAGAAUAAACUCAAAAAUAUUACAAGACUAUAACAACUUGUAAUUUAAAGAUUUCUUUGAAGAAAUAAUUUAAAUAUUUUUCAAAAUAAAGACAUUUAUUAGAAUGAAAUUUACAGGAAUAAAGAGUCAAAAGUCGGGUGUCAAAAUUUCUGUGAGAAUAAGGUUGGGAAAAAUAGGCAAAAAAAAAGGUUUAUAUACAUUUAGGUAUUACACGAGUAUAUAGAAGAUAGGCAUUUUAAGAAUCCAAAGCGAAAAUAUUGAGUGUGUUUUCUGAAAAGGAGUACAAACACAUUUUAAGAAAAUAACGUUGAAUAUGCAAGAAUAUAAUCUAAAUUGUACAAGAACAAAGUAAAUUUUGUGAGUUGUAAAAUUGACAUUAAGAAAGUGGUCAUUUGUCAUUUUCUAAGUACAGUUGAAAUAAUAGGCUGUAAUCUUGCAAGACUAAAAUAGUUUUAGUUACAUUAGACUUUAGACAUUCAGUCUUUAAUAUUCUUUAUUCUCGAUUUUUUUUCCUCAUAGUAAUCUGACAUUGUUUUCGUACUAUGGUCUGUUUUUUAUUCUCGUAAUUUAAAACUUUUUUCAUUGUGGCUCUAAUACAUGUUUGUAAUUCUACCCACAAAUGUUACAAUAAUAUUUUUACGUAUAGUAGCGAUCAGGCCGAUUUGAAUUGUAUUUUAACAUAAAAACCCCCCAACAAAACCUUGAAUUGUACGUCAGCUGCAUACUUUUUUGUGGGGGAAGUGUGGAAAAAGUGGACCAAAAUGAAAGUCAGCCUUAUUAUACAGAACAUCCAUAGAGGACUCGUCAAACCGUCUUGCAUCAGCCCCCUCAGUUUAGCGUGCGGUUGUGUUUCUCCAUGACUGGAAGUAUUGAUGAUGUGCUCGGAGGCGUGUGGUUUUGUUUAUGUCUGCUGCCAGGGACACCAAAGUGGCCUCGCUGUCUUACUUCUGCUGUAUCUCUUUUCGCUUUUCACCUUUUGUGGAAACCAGAAGAAAAAACACAUACUUUUUAGCUGCACUUUAUUAAUGUUAUUAUUAUUCACGUUUGUCUCAGACACAAUUCAACUCUUGCUCUGUGUUGCAGAGCAGAGUGGCUGAUGGGAUACUUGAUGUCUUUUGAGAUGGGAGUGUGUCAUUUGUGCAUAUCUGUGUUUUUAUUCUGGUAUUGUUUAUGAAGCGCUCAUACAUGCAUGAAAAUUACUUGUUGGUCAGCUAAUUAGGACUUUAAUCCAAAUGACCAUUCCAUAAAUUAGCAUAUCGAUUGCCAUACAAUCCACAAGUGGCCUUUACACAUGAUCACCAGCACAUUUUCAGCAUGAUGGAUGCCAUCCAUUCUGAAUUUUAAUUACAUUGAACAAAAAUGCUCUAAUUAUGGAAGUGGAUGGGGUGUUAUUUGGAGAGAGGUUGUUUUUUUCUGAAAAGUAUAUAACAACAUGAUGCUUUGGAGUGAGAAAGUGGAUAUCAAAACGUAGCUUGUCUUGGAUGACACGGAGUACGUUUACAUGCAGUCAUAUAACCCUAUCAUAACCGGAAUAUUAGCAAUAACCCGGUUGCGCACGGCCAUGUAAGCACCAAUAACCCUUAACGCAUGUAAACGGGUUAUUCGGAAUGUUUCAGAAACCGGAAUAUUGACCGUAACCUGAAUAUUGACUGCAUGUAAACAUAGUCAUUGUCAUUAAUAGGCAUAUUUUACAACACGACAGCAACAGAGCCAAUGUUGUAAUAGUGGUAAGGAGCAAACUGCUCAGUCAGUAAUAUGGCUGAGAAGUGAAUUGUACACAACAGUAUGGCAAGUGUAACACACUAACAGCUGAGUAGCACAACCAACAUUUUAAAGUGCAUGCAGAGUUUGAUAAUGCUGCUGGAUACUGAUCACUUAGCAGCUACUGCCAUCUUUUGGCAUUAAUAAAAGUACAUCAAGCGGUUACUUACAGCCACAGCUGUUAAGGCAAAUGUGUUUUUAGCACUGCCUCCGGAAGUUAUUUACUUUGGUAAACCAAGUGCCCAGCGACUAUAGGAGACUAACAGAAGAGGCAUUCAUUGGAGCAUUUAUGUUACAUGAAAUGAUCUAAAUAGCAACACUUAACAUGUGAAGCCUUUUAACUGGUGUUUAUUUUUUUAAACACACAACAUGCUGUAAUAAAACACACCACAGCCACUCCAAAGUUGCUCAAAUGAUUUAACUUAGUAGAUAGUUCACUGCAGAAGGACUGUACUUUUUAUGAUGCAUUUACACUUUAAAAAUCAACAGAUGUUGAAAGGAGCAAGUGUAUGGUGUUCUCUUUUAAGGGCACAAAACAUAGUAGUGUUUUAAUACAGAAACAAAUACAAAUACAAUUCAGAUCUGUGUGUGUUGUUUUGGAAUGUGAAUGUGAAGAAAUGGAAGUUGUCAAAUUGGCUGAAUAAAUGAUGCACACGGAGCACAUGAUGCAUGUGGGUGUUUUGUUAAUUAUAGUGAUUAACAAUUGGCUAACCAGAUUAAACGGCUCUAUGCAAAUGAGGGAGAUAUAACAAAGCAAUUAAACUAAAAAGUCAUGAAUGGCACAAAAGCUUUGUUUUACAGGAUAUAUGUUUAGCCUUAUAUAUCUAUGUUUUCGGGCUGUCAAAGUUAAUGGAAAUUUCCUUCAAUGGCCUCGCUAUUAACGUGCGCACGUCCUGUUUGAGGAAAGUCGUUUGAGGAAUGGCAACAAUGUGGCAGUUGAUGAGGAGCCACAAACGGGAACUAAUACUGAGCAGAAACGGACGAAGAAAAGGGUAUUUGGAAUGAAUUUGGUUUAUCUUCAAAGUCCUGUCAUGGCUCUCUCGAUAUGACCAAAGUUAUUUGUAUCUACUGUUGCUGUGUGUUCAGUUGUCAUGGAGUAUGUCGCCUCUCAAAUGCCAGGGAGAAGAGAGAAGUCACUGAUGCACUGUAGAUUUUUUUUGUCAUGUAUACAGUGGUACCUUGUCAUACGAGUGUCCCAACUAACGAGUGUUUUUUUUUUUUUUACAUGUGAGCCGUCUCUUCUUUGUUUUGAACCGCAAGCUAAAUUGGUUUAUGAGCUGCUAAUUACCGGCAGGCAUAGCCAUGGACACCUAUUUGGGGGCUCUCAAUGUGACCAUGAUUUAAGUAUUAGCAGCGCUAGCAUUAGCAGCGUGUUAGCUCGUCACUUGGACAGAUUUUCCACACAUCAGCAAAACAUACGUAAAUUAUAGCUAUCUAAUUUAUUAUGUAUUGUGUAAAACUAUUGACAGUAGUAACAUCAAAUGAAAAGCACUAAAUGAAUACAGAGCCACCAUCCACCAGUAAGAGCAUGGAGUUUGUUUUUCAGAGAGAUGCACCGCACAAAUAUGCACAUUGGCACUCAAUAAGUCAUCAAAUCUUACCUGUACGCAUUCCCACAUAGUAUCAGCAUUUGGGACCAAAUAUGAGGUAAAAGAAAAAGAGGAAAAAUACAGAAUACUAGUCUUUUCUGUGCAGCGCGGGAGAAAGUUAGAUGACAUUUCACCGCACCGCACUGCCCCCUUCACAAAAUUAAAAUGUGACAAGAUUUCUUGUUCAAAAAAAGAAAAAGUCUUGUGGGCAUUAUGCUUGAGACAAGAAUAAAUGAAUCACACAAUAAAUGAAAAUGAAUUGGAUAAUUUUGUCUGCCUCAAUAUAUAGCCAUGUGCACGCGUGUCUGUUUUCCUCACCUUCCGCCUCCAAACAGGCAGGAAGAGACUUCGCUCUGUGCAUUGGUUCCAGCACGUUCGCGCGUUUGUUUCAUAGAACAACAGCAUGAGCGCAGUGAGUCCUUUUGUCAGUCAUCCAGUCUCUUUGUCUCGGUGGGUGGAGGCGGGGCCUGCAGCAUACACACAGUGUGCAGAAGAGUGUAACACAGUAGAAAUUAAAUUAGUAGAUUGCAAUAUAUUGUCAUAUAGAUUUUUCAUUGUGUUUUUCUGCAAAGUAAUGUUAAAAUCUCAUCUCAACUUGUUCUCGCAGACCCAACCUCAUGUAUCGUCUCGUGUAUCUCGUGACACCCCUGUUGUUUGCAAUAAACUGCUAAUUCAACAA